UGACACCGGAAGUGAACACUGUGUAAACUGUCAUGUCCGCUCUCGUGCUUGAUAACAUAGCCUAUUAGCAAGCAGUUGUAUGUAAAAUUAACGAAGCUCUUUAUAGAGGAGCUGUUAAUGCUAGCGCGUAUAGCUCGGGUGUGAGACGGUCAGUCAGUGUACUGCCUGUGAGCCGGCUGACUGCAGGUUGAUAGAGGAGCUGUUAGCACUUCAUUCAAAAUGAGAACUGUUUUGAUGGUGGCAGAGAAACCAUCCUUGGCUCAGUCGAUUGCCAAAAUCCUCUCUAAAGGAAAUUGCACAAGUCGCAAGGGGCUCAACGGAGCAUGCUCAGUGCACGAAUACAGCGGCAGCUUCCAGGGCCAACCUGUACGCUUUAGGAUGACUUCUGUUUGUGGACAUGUGAUGAGUCUGGAUUUCAUCGGGAAGUACAACAACUGGGAUAAGGUGGACCCUGCAGAACUAUUCAGCAAAGCUCCCACAGAAAAGAAGGAGGCCAACCCCAAACUCAACAUGGUCAAGUUCCUCCAGGUUGAAGCCAGAGGCUGUGACUAUGUGGUUUUAUGGUUGGACUGCGAUAAAGAGGGCGAAAACAUCUGCUUUGAGGUGCUGGAUGCCAUCCAGCCAGUGAUGAACAAGGGGAGUGUCAGAGAGCAGAGCGUUUACCGUGCCAAGUUCAGCUCCAUUACUGACACUGACAUCUGGAACGCCAUGAACUGCCUGGGAGAGCCCAACCGCAAUGAAGCGCUGUCAGUAGAUGCACGUCAGGAACUGGAUCUGCGCAUCGGCUGUGCCUUCACCCGGUUCCAGACCAAGUAUUUCCAGGGCAAAUAUGGCAAUCUAGACUCCUCCUUGAUCUCAUUUGGACCAUGCCAGACCCCAACACUAGGCUUCUGCGUGGAACGCCAUGACAAGAUCCAGUCUUUCAAACCUGAGACUUACUGGAUACUCCAGGCGAAGGUUUUUAAAGGAAAGGACAGCCCACUGACACUGGACUGGAACAGGGUGAGGGUCUUUGACAGGGAGGUGGGUCAGAUGUUCGUCAACCUGGCCAAGACAUCGAGGGAUGCCCAGGUGCAAGACCUCUGCUUUUCACUGGAUCUAAACCGACCCAGGAAAGGAACCGAUGCUGGAGACCGCAUCCAACCUAAUCCACUCCCUGCGCGCUGCGCCUCAGAGGCAGAAUUGGGAAGUGAUGGCUGGCGGCUGUACGAGUACAUCACACGCAAUUUCAUUGCCACUGUGAGUCAGGACUGCAAGUACCUCCAGACCACCAUAGACUUCACCAUCGGCACAGAGGCCUUCUCAUGUAGUGGCAAAACCCUGAUAUCAGCAGGAUACACAACAGUGAUGCCAUGGCAGGGCAUCCCUCUGGAAGAGGCCAUGCCAGUUUGUGAGCGCGGAGACACUUUCACGAUAGAUGAGAUCAAGCUGGUGGAAAAGCAGACUAGCCCCCCAGACUACCUGACCGAGGCUGAACUCAUCACCCUCAUGGAGAAACAUGGCGUUGGUACUGAUGCCAGUAUCCCUGUCCACAUCAACAACAUCUGUCAGAGGAACUAUGUGACAGUAGAGAAUGGGCGCAAGUUGAAGCCAACCAACCUGGGCAUUGUCCUGGUACAUGGCUACUACAAGACAGAUGCAGAACUCGUGCUGCCCACCAUACGCAGUGCUGUGGAGAAGCAGCUGAACCUCAUCGCGCUGGGUAAGGCCAACUAUCAGCAGGUCCUGCAGCACACACUGGAUAUCUUCAAGAGGAAGUUUCACUACUUUGUGGAUUCUAUCACCAGCAUGGAUGAGUUGAUGGAGGUCUCCUUUUCACCCAUUGCUGCCACUGGGAAGCCCCUUUCCCGUUGUGGCAAGUGCCGUCGCUUCAUGAAGUACAUACAGGCCAAGCCUAGCCGGCUCCACUGUUCCCACUGUGAUGAGACCUACAGUCUUCCCCAGAAUGGAGCCAUCAAGCUGUACAAAGAGCUCCGCUGUCCACUAGAUGAGUUUGAGCUUGUGUUGUGGACAUCUGGGGCCCGGGGCAAGAGCUACCCCCUGUGCCCCUACUGCUUCAGCAAUCCGCCUUUCAGGGACAUGAAGAAAGGUAUGGGAUGCAAUGAAUGUACCCAUCCGUCCUGUCAGCACUCUCUCAACUCUUUUGGUAUUGGACAGUGUGUGGAAUGUGAAAGUGGUGUUUUGGUGCUGGAUCCCACCUCUGGACCGAAGUGGAGGAUGGCCUGUAACAAAUGCAACGUGGUGGUGCACUUCUUUGAACAUGCACACAGAGUUCAGGUUGCUCAGGAGAGCUGCGAUGCCUGCGACGCCUCUCUCGUUGCGGUGGACUUCAACAAGACUCGCACUCCACUUCCUGCUGGCGAAACCCAACACACCGGCUGUGUUUUCUGUGAUUCGAUCUUCCAGGAUCUGGUGGAGCUCAAACAUGCAACCAUGAGGCACGGCAGGGGUGGGGGUGCUAGACGAGGAGGACGGGGACGAGGGAGGGGACGCCGUGGCAAUCCUAAAAAACCUAAAGACAAAAUGGCUGCCUUGGCAGCUUACUUUGUAUAGUGUCUGUGUGUAGUGUGCCCUGUUAGUUGCUUGACACAUAGUAUAAAGAUGUAUACUGUAAGUAAAGGGACUUCUGUUUUUACAUGUGUGUUUAAUGACACUGCAGUAAAAUAUGUAUUUUUAAAAAA